AUGACGGAAAAAUAUCCAAUCGGCACACGCACCGAAUGCGAGCAUCUCGUCCGCGAGUGGGGAUUUCGACAUAUCUUCACCUGGACAGACGGAAGCAAAGUCAUUCAUGUGCGGGUGGAGAUCCUAACGCUGACCUCGCCCUCCAGCAACGCCCAUUAUUCCCCGCACUCGCAUAGCGGCUUGACAACACACCUUAUCCGCCGUGGAUCACUCACAAUCACUUACCCUGAUGAUAAUGCUAGAUUGCAUAAUGGGGAAGUCAAACAAGAGACAUUUCGAGCUGGAGAGAGGGUUGAUGUGCCUGCUGGAAAGGUCCAUGAGGUUUGGAUUGGGAAUGAGGGGUGUGAGUAUGUGAUCGGAGAGUAG